UGCAGAUGCCUUGCACGGGAAAGUCAAAUGGCAGAGGGACAAAAAGACCAAAGUUAGACUGGAAGUUUGUGCAGAGGUUGUGCAGCAUCCAGAAGGUUCUGUACCCAUCAUGGGCCAGUCAAAGUGCUCUGAUGUUUGGGACACUGCUUGUUGUCACGCUGACAGAGCAGCUGAUAAUUUACCAAGUGGGUGUCCUCCCAAGCUACUUCUACAAAGUGCUGGGAGACAAAGAUUACUCUGGCUUCAGGAAUCUGGUGGGCACAGCGAUGGUGCUCAUUUUGGUCAACUCCACAUUAAAAAGUCUGGACCAGUACAUUUGUAAUCAGAUGUAUCUUAACUGGAGGAAGACGUUAACUGAGAGCCUCCACACGGCGUACUUCCAGGGCCGAGUCUAUUAUACACUCAAUGUGCUCCGAGAGGACGUAGACAACCCCGACCAGAGAAUCAGUCAGGAUGCAGAGAGGUUGUGUAAGCAGAUGAGCACCAUGGCCAGUCGUUUGAUUGUGUCACCUUUCACACUGGCUUACUACACCUACCACUGCUUUUAUAGCACCGGCUGGAUCGGUCCUGUGAGUAUCUUUGGCUACUUUGUGAUCGGGACCAUCACCAAUAAAAUCCUCAUGGGGCCAAUUGUGUCGACUCUGUUCGAACAAGAGAAAUUAGAGGGAGACUUCAGGUUCAAGCACAUGCAAAUCCGUGUCAACGCAGAGUCUGCAGCUUUUUACAGAGCGGGUAAAGUGGAGCACAUGAGGACCGACCGCAGACUGCAGGCUCUUCUGCAAACUCAAAAGAGUCUAAUAAACAAAGAGCUCUGGCUUUAUAUUGGGGUGAACACCUUCGACUACCUUGGAGGUUUUCUCAGCUACAUCAUCAUCGCCAUUCCCAUCUUCACAGGACUCUAUGAUGGCCUCACUCCCGGUGAGCUCAGUGCGCUCAUCAGUAAGAACGCCUUUGUCUGCAUCUACUUGAUAAAUGGCUUCACACAGCUAAUAGACCUGUCGACCACUCUGUCAGACGUGGCUGGAUACACCCACAGGAUUGGCGAGCUGAGGGAAGUUAUGGAAGACAUCCUGCACAAGCAGUGCGACUAUGACCCGGCAUCAGGGGAAAGCUAUGACUUUGACAGUGACUUCAAUGUCCAUGCGGGCCCAGUGGACACUGCCUUCAUCCUGGACAAUCUUUCAUAUAAAUCUCCGUACUCAGACCAGCUGCUGGUGGAGGAUCUGAGUCUGAAAAUCAGCCAGGGUUCACAUCUGCUGGUGGUGGGGAACACAGGCACGGGCAAGACAUCACUGCUGAGGGUCCUCAACCGACUGUGGGAGGCACACAGCGGUUUUGUCCAAAUGACCACGUGCUUUGGGCCCAGAGGAACCCUCUUCCUGCCUCAGAAACCGUACCUGACUGAUGGCACACUGCGGGAACAGGUGAUUUACCCAUUGAAGGAUAUUUACCCUGCAUCAGGUUCAGUGGACGAUGACAGAAUUAUUCAGUUUCUGGAACUAGCUGGAGUGUCCAGCCUCCUGAAACGGACCGGCGGUCUGGAUGAAAAGGUUGAGUGGAACUGGUAUGAUGUUCUGUCUCCAGGUGAAAUGCAGCGUCUCUGCUUUGCACGACUUUUCUACCUGCAGCCUAAAUAUGCAGUGUUGGAUGAGGCCACCAGUGCUUUGACAGAAGAGGCAGAAGCUCAGCUCUACCGCACCUGUAAACAGCUGGGCAUGACUUUGAUCAGUCUGGGACACCGUAGCAGCCUGGAGAAGUUUCAUGAUGUCCAGCUGAAACUAUGCGGAGAGGGUCGGUGGGAGUUAACCAAGUUAAAAGGAGGCAGCGGGAGUCCCAACCUCAGAGUAGAAGACACAUGACAGCAAGGUCAUCACUUCGGACAUGCUGGAAGCAUCAGAUCAGAAAGCACUCCUGAAGUCCUCGGUUGUUUUUAUUCAAGAGCGCCUCCUUAAGGUACUAUAUAACCCAGUUUCUCAGGAGGAGGUGAACAACUAAAAUACAUGUUGUUGUUUUUUUUACUGGUUUGCCUGGUCACUUAAGAAGUUGAGAAAGUGGGCAGGAGUGCAGCAGUUUGAGGACAUUUGUGAAUACUUCGGAAUAAUUUGGUUGAGCUCUCCAUCCUGAUAAACAAAGACUCUUCUCAAUCAAUGACUUGGAUGACUUCACCGUGGUCAAGAGUAUAUUCACCUACUACGACAACAAUUAAGAAAAGAACGACACUUUAGCCUUCUCUUUUUGUAAAUCUUAUUGUUUAUUUAUGAGAUUAUUUUUGUGUAUGUUUACAAUCACUACUUUGGGUAAAAUGAUUCCAAUUUUAUAUUAAAAACACACUUUCUCA